UUGAAAUUUUUAUUCCAUUCACAGCACGACGCAGGAAGUGUGUUAAUGACAGUGUCUCCGGAAGGUUUGUGGUUCUUUGACUCCAGUGUGAAAGUAAGACCUAAAAUACCGGCAGAAAAUCUGUUUAUUUACACAGGAAAAAGACUUUCGAAAUCUGACAGGAUGCCUCCAUGUGUCGAUGACGUCAUGCAGCUGUGCUGCAAGCUUUCUACCAAUUGGGCCAUAAAGACAGCGAUGAAGAAUUCUUUGAAAGGGGCUAUGAUAGCUGGGGGUUCUGCAUUGUUAGGAGGACUGGUGCUGGGCCCUGCUGGAAUAGCGGUUGGCGGUGCGGUGGGCGGGUCGCUGGGAUACUGGAAUACCAGAGGAGAGUUCAAGCCACUUCCCCAGAUCAUCAUGCAGCUGUCCAUGCCGGAGCAGCAGAAGCUGUAUGCAGACAUCAAGGCCGUCCUGGGCUCGCUCGACUGGAUGGACGCGGCGCAGCUGACAUCGCUCGUCAUGGGCAACGCUGUGCUCCAGCAGCAGGUGAAGGAUGCCCUGCUCGGCUACGUGACCCAGACUCUCCAGGCGGAGGUGCAGUUCGUAGACUGACCUCACCGGAUGUGGCUCCCCUUCGGCUGGGCUGGGCUGGGUUGGGCUGGGCUGGGUUGGGCUGUUUCUAC